AUGCCAUUUCAUUUCCGGAAAAUAGAUUUCAAGGAUGCUGUGCCUGCAUUGGCUCCCAUGGCGACGAAUCUCAUGAAGGGUGGUCUCGCAGGCUUAAGGACGAGCUCGGUUUUCGUUUUUGCAUGCCUUGUAGCAGCGCUCGUGCCGGCAUGUUCGUCGAUCGGCCCCAACCCUAGCAUCUCGCCUCUCUCCGCGUCUCGCGGCAUCGCGUCGCCAUCGCAUGCGGCGCCCAAGGCGGGCCCGCAGAUCAGCAGCCUGCUGCUACUUCUACCACCCCGCGCGCGCAAUCCCGUUCGAUUCCAUCUUCUCGGAUCCAACGGCUGCUUCAGUUGGGCAUGGGACCAUCACGACCUGCUGCACGUGCAGCCUCUCUUCAACACCUCCGAUGACGUUCAUUCGCCCACGCCAGUAGCAGCAGCAGGAGCGGCAGGAGGGCAAGCGUGGGGGUCCCAUGGCAGCAGCAGCAGUGGCAGCGGCAGUGGGGCGCGCGGGGGGGGGUGUUCAACGAGCGCGCUGAUCUCGUCCAUGGCGCCAUACUCGGGUGCGCCGCGCACCACGGCCGUCAUCGCCACGGACCUGCUCUCCGGCCAAGUGCUGCGCUGCGAGGUGCGCGUGGGCGCGUGUGCUGGGCGCGUGGGCGCGUGUGCUGGGCGCGUGGGCGCGUGUGCUGUCUCUCCUGACCGACCCACUUCUCCCACUCACCCCCUCUCCCCCUCCUGUCUCCCCCUCUCACCCUUCCUGUCUCCCCCUCUCCUUACCCUCUUCCCCACGUCCCCUGCCUUCGCCCCGUGCCCCGCGGCCCUCGCCCCGUCACCUCUGGCUUGUCACCCCUCGCCCUUGGCCCCUUAUCCCCUGGCGAGUGCCGCCACAACUCCCCCCUCUUUUUGGUGCCCCACAGCCCUGGGCCCCCCUUCUUUGCCAUGCUCCCCCUCAAUUCUUGCUUACCCUCAAUUCUUGCUUACCCUUAACCGUUACUUCCUCCCCUCAAUCCCUGCUUUUCCCCAACCCCUGCUUCCCCCUUCUCCCCUGCUUCCCCCCACCCCUGCUUCCCCUCACCCCUGCGCUCACCUGUUGCCCCCCACCAGGCGACGUGUUCUCAUCAGUGGCGGGCCUCACCUUCCGCUGGACCCUCACGCCCCUCGGCUCGCCCCUCCCCGUCCACCGCCAACCUGCGGCCUCCUCUGCGCCACGUGGCGACCAGGCAUUGGAGCACCGCCUGCAGCACGUGCCCCUGGAGGAAGCGGCGCUGCUGCUGGCAGGCGGAGAGGAGGGGCGCGCGCCAGGGACGACCUGGGGGUGCGUGGUGUGGGUCGCCCGUACGUGCCCACCCUCGCCCUCCUGCACCUUGCCCCUCGCCUGCCCCCUUUCUCUUCCCACCCCUCCCGUUUUGCCCACCCUCCGCUCCCUCCCCUGUCCACCCUCCUCUCCCCCUCAUCAUGCUGUUUCUUUCUGCUGCCGCGUCCCCUUCCCUUCAUCACCCUCUUUUCCCCCUCUCCCGUGUCACCCCCAUCCCAACUUCCUUCCCCCAUCCUUCCAGCGGUGCAGCUGCCCUCCCCCAGCUACGCGUGGGCAACAGCCAACGCAUCAGUGGCCUCGGUGCACCCCUCCCAGGGCGUGGUGACAGCCCUCGCCCAGGGCGCCACCACGCUCACCGCCACUGACGUGCGUGUCGCCGACCACCACCAGGCCGUCUCCAUCCACGUCGUCACGCCUGGCCAUGUCAAGAUCUUCCUCGCACCGCUGGCGCCUCUCCCAGGGGGGAAUGGGGGCACCGGUGGCGAGGGGGAGGUGUGUUCUGGAGCAGGUGCAGCUGGGGGAGGGGGUCUGCCUGGGGCUGUAGCCUGCAGGGCUGUGGCGGAGCCUGUGGCCAGUGGGGGGGACACGUGGCACCUUGUGGUUGGUCGGGAGUACGCUCUCUGGGUGCAGGUGUUUUCCCAUGGCUGGCCCAGCCGGCCCGUGCUGCUCACACAGGCGGACACACUGCUGCUGCGCUUCGACCACCCACCCCUCUGGUCUGUCGUUGGGGAGGAUGCUGCUGCGGUUGCCUCCCUACCGGCACAGGCGCCUCCUGCUUUGGAGGGGGGAGGGGGUGGUGGGGAGGAGAGGAGCAGGGUGGUUGUGGUGCGAGGGGGGCAGCAGGGGCAGGGCGAGGUGCAGGCUGAGCUGCGGUACCGAGAGGUGCAGAGCGGUGGGAAGGGGCGGGAGGAGAAGGUGGUGGCGGUGCAGGCGAUUCGUGUGUGCGACCCCGUGCUGGUGCACCUGCCCUCCCCCACAACCCCCGCCUCUUCUUCAUCUCCUCCUCCUGUGGACCCUGUCCACGUGGUACACCUGCCGUGGGUGCCGCAGCUUGACUCUGCGCCACCACCGCUGCGGCAGCACCUGCGGCUGCUGGCGUCGGGAGGUGAGCAGAGUCAUGCACUGUGA